AUGACUUCGCGUGCAGGUCUGCAUCUGUGCAUGUUUUGUACCACCAUAUUGUCGUACUUGGGGGGAUCGCUGGCUCAGUCGUCGUCGGAGAAUUAUAUCGUCCAUAUGGACUUAUCGGCCAUGCCCGAAGCCUUCUCCACCCAUCAUGACUGGUACCUGGCCACACUUGCCUCUGCUGUUUCCGACUCUACUUCUCCUUCUUCAAAGCUCAUCUAUAGCUAUUCCCAUGUCAUGAAUGGCUUUAGUGCGAGGUUGUCCCCUUCUGAGCUUCGGGCCCUGAAAAACUCCCCCGGUUAUGUUUCUUCCUACCCCGAAUCGCCCGUCAAACUUGACACCACUCAUUCCCCCCGGUUCCUUCGCCUCAACCCGCUCUCCGGCGCCUGGCCUGCGUCCGACUAUGGUAAAGAUAUCAUCGUUGGCUUGGUGGACUCUGGGGUCUGGCCGGAAUCUCAAAGCUUUUUGGAUAAAGGCAUGUCCGACAUACCCUCAAGAUGGAAAGGCAAGUGUGAGAAUGGAACCCAGUUCGAUCCGUCCAUGUGCAACAAAAAACUCAUCGGAGCUCGUUUCUUCAACAAAGGGCUACGGGCCCAGCAUCCCAACGUGACAAUAUCCAUGAAUUCGGCUCGUGAUACUGAAGGUCACGGAACUCACACCUCAAGCACCGCGGCUGGCAGGGAAGUUAAGGAUGCAUCUUACUUUGGCUAUGCCGCUGGUUCGAUGACAGGCAUGGCUCAGCGGGCUCGAGUGGCUAUGUACAAAGCCUUUUGGGAAGAGGGAACCCUCGAAUCUGAUAUAAUAGCCGCUAUGGAUAGUGCCGUGGCAGAUGGGGUAGAUGUUCUUUCCCUGUCGUUUGGCUUCAAUGAGAAACCAAUGUACGAAGACCCCGUCGCCAUAGCUGCAUUUGCGGCCACGGAGAAGGGCGUUUUUGUGUCUGCAUCAGCCGGGAACGAAGGACCGAGUCUUCGAACUUUGCACAACGGAACGCCAUGGGUCACAACUGUGGCUGCUUCCACUCUGGACCGUGAAUUUCAUGGCGUUCUAACUCUUGGCAAUCAAGUUUCAGUCACUGGCUUGUCCCUCUACGUAGGGAACUUCUCCGCAACCCAGCUCCCACUGGUUUUUAUGGGACAUUGUGACAAUUUGAAGAAACUUAUCAAAGUGAGGAGCAGCAUAGUUGUAUGUGAAGACACUUAUCAGAAUAGGUACCUGUUCGAUCAAAUCAUGAAUCUAGAAAAAGCAGAAGUGUUGGGGGGUGUCUUCAUAACAAAUAGCACAGACGCAAUACUCGUCCUACAGUACAGCAAUGUCCCGACAAUCUCCGUGAGUCCAGAAAAUGGAGAAAUUUUGAAGGACUAUAUCAACAAUAGUAAGUCGCCGAAAGUAAGCCGGCUGUCUUUCAAGAUCACAACUGUGGGUAAGACACGAGCACCGAGUGUGGACAGUUACAGCUCAAGAGGGCCAUCCCAAAACUGCCCUUACCUCCUAAAGCCUGAUGUCACAGCUCCUGGAACCUCAAUCUUAGCCGCAUGGCCUACAAAUGUCCCGGUAGCUAGAGUGAAGUCCCAGAGCUUGUCCAGCAAAUUCAACUUGGCGACAGGAACAUCCAUGGCGUGCCCGCAUGUGGCGGGAGUGGCAGCUCUCAUAAAGGGAGCACAUCCUGAUUGGAGCCCCGCCGCCAUUCGAUCUGCCAUAAUGACAUCAUCGGACUUGGUCGACAACAGCCUGGGAUUAAUCAGAGACGUUGGGAACGGAUUCAAGGCAGCCUCUCCCUUGGCCAUGGGAGCAGGCCAUAUCAGCCCCAAUAAAGCACUCGACCCUGGUCUCGUUUACGACGCAGGAACUGAAGAUUAUGUGAAUCUUCUGUGUGGGCUAAACUACACUAAACAGAACAUCAAGGCCAUCACCAGAUCCUCUUCUUUUAAUUGUUCCAGCCCUUCCUUGGACCUGAACUACCCCUCUUUUAUUGCAUUCUUCAAUUCCAACGAUUCUUCGGCCUCGACGGUCAGAGAAUUUCACAGAACUGUCACCAACGUUGGAGAGGGACCUGCUGUCUACCAAAAUUCGAUAACACCCGUAGAAGGGUUUAAUGUCAGCAUCAUCCCCGACUUCUUGGUCUUUGCAAAGAAGAAUGAUAAAUUAAGCUACAAGCUGAUAAUAGAAGGCCCUGAAGUCAUGAAGGCCAAGGUAGCUUUUGGUCAGCUUGUUUGGUCAGACGAGUCGCACUCGGUUCGGAGCCCUAUUCUGAUCACAAGUCUCAGCUCAAAACCGAGAAUGUCACCCACCUAA